CACUCUUUAACCAUUGCCUCUUUUUUCCAUUGACGCAGAUUCCAAGCAUCCAUUUCACACUGAGAGAGAGAGAGAGAGAGAGAGAGAGAGAGAUUCUGAAACUAUGUCAAAGGGCGACGAAAGCUCAUCUCUUUCUUCUCAAAGGUUAUCAGGUGAAGUGGCACUAGUGACUGGAGGAGCCACGGGAAUAGGGGAAAGCAUCGUGCGUUUGUUCAACAAGCACGGGGCGAAAAUCUGCAUAAUCGAUUUGCAGGAUGAACUCGGCCAAAGAGUAUGCGAUUCCCUCGGCGGCGAGCCAAAUGCUUGUUACGUCCAUGGAGAUGUCACGGUAGAGGAAGAUAUGAGCAAUGCGGUCGAUUUCGCGGUCAAGAGAUUCGGAAAGCUUGACAUAAUGGUGAACAACGCGGGAUUAUCCGGAGCGCCAUUCCCCGACAUCCGAAGCUACGACCUCUCGGCCUUCGAGAGGGUUUUCGAGGUGAACGUGAAAGGGGUUUUCCUCGGGAUGAAACAUGCCGCCCGGGUAAUGAUACCGAGGAAAAAGGGAUCGAUAGUAUCGAUAUGCAGCGUCGGGAGCGUUAUCGGAGGGAUAGGUCCGCACGCCUACGUGGGCUCGAAGCACGCGGUCCUAGGGCUGAACAGGAACGUUGCGGCGGAGCUAGGACAACAUGGAAUAAGAGUGAACUGUGUCUCGCCAUACGCGGUGGCGACCGGACUGGCAUUGGCUCACCUGCCGGAGGAGGAGAGGAACGAGGACGCGAUGGCGGGUUUCAGGUCUUUCGUGGCGUCGAACGCUAACCUGAAGGGCGUGGAACUGACGAGCGAUGACGUGGCGAAGGCCGUGCUGUUCAUGGCGAGCGAUGAGGCCAAGUACGUAAGCGGAGACAACCUCAUGGUUGACGGUGGAUUCACUUGCGCUAACCACUCCUUGCGAGUGUUUAGAUGAACAACCAGUGAAUGACUCUGGUUUUUUUUUUUUUUUUUUUUUUUUGGGUAAGUUUCUUAGUGUUUGUCUGUCUUUUAUCUCCAAUGGCUGUUUCUAAGCGUUUUUCUGAUGAUUGCCAACUUUUUAUUUCCCCUAAAUAAAAACUUUGGGAUAAAAAGAUUUAUGUCAUA